UUUAAGGGGAUUUUGCCAUAAAAUCGAAACACAAUGGGUCUCAACUCUCUGAAUCCCUAAAUUAUCUCUCCAGCUCUCGAAGUGCAGCUGCAUCCUUCAUCGAAUCGCUCUUUCGACAUCCUCUUGUCCAUUUGUUCCUAUUAAGGACUAAGAUCAAGAAGAUGAUCGAGAAGGAAAAGAUCUAUCUGAAAUGACGUUGGAGUUUGGCAAAACUAUUGAUGAAGAUGUGGUGGAGCAAAUCCUAUCAACUCUGCCACCCAAAUCUCUUAAGCGAUUCCAGUGCGUCUCUAAUAGGUGGUAUGCUCUGAUCACCACUCCCAGGUUCGUAGCUAAGCACCUCUCCAUUUCCAUGCACAACAAUCUCUCCACCAGUGUUCUUAUGAAACGUAAAGUCCAUAAGGACACCAACUCUGACGAGACUCAAGAGUUGUUCUCAUUUCUUCAUUUUCGAAAUGAUGAAGAUAAUGAUGUUGAUGGUGUGCAUGAUGAGCAUAGCUUUCUUUCUAGUAUCCAGGAAUUCCAUAUUCCGUUUUCUACCGGUGUAAAGACUCGGGCCGAAUCACUUAUAAUUAUAGGCCAUUGUAACGGGAUCAUUUGUCUAGCUCAAUCAGUCUCUGGUGAGGUGAUUAUUUGCAACCCAGCAAUUCAUGAAUAUAAGCUUCUUCCCCCCUCUCCGUACCUUCCAGAUUCCGAUUUAGAGAUGGAUUGGGAUUUGGAUAUGAUCCGAACUUUAACGAAUAUAAAAUUGUUAACAUUGGAUUUCCUGCUCCAGAAUUAUCUACGCCUGAUGGAUUUAACAUUUAUAAUCCUCCCCAAGCAGCUGUCUACACCCUGGGUACUGAUGCUUGGAGAAAGAUCAAGACUGAUACAUUAGAAACAGAAACUACUAUUCUUUGGCCCCAAAUAUUCCAGAUGCACUUCAAGGAUAUGUGUUUUUGGCGAGCACCUGAGCAACACAAGGAAUUGGAUGUGCUUGAUGAAGACGAGGAGCAAUUCAUUAGGGAAGUUAUCAUUAUGUUUGAUACUGGGGAUGAGCUAUUUCAUAAUAUAAUGUUACCGGAUGAAUUUGAUUAUCCAUCAAAAAAUUAUUUCUUUGAGAGCCUUUUAGUGUGGAAGGACUCCGUUGCUCUUUUGGGAAUACAAAUCUGUCAACUAUCAUCAUAUGGAAUAUGGGUGAUAGAUGAAUUUGGUGGUCAUAACGGUGGUGCUUGGACAAAACACAUAACUUUUGAGCUCCCUGUGGAACCGUUGAUAUUUUGGAAGAGCGACAGGGUUCUUUUAAAUGAUCCUAACGACACUGAUUAUAGAGGACUUAUAUUCUCUUAUAAUCUCGAUACCAAAAAGCUUAAAAAUCUUCCCAUUCAAAGCGAGCGGACUGACUCUUCUGCUAUUGUGUAUGUGAGCAGUAUAGUUUCAGUAUUGGGAGGCAGCAAACCCAAGAACAAAGAUAAUUCUACACCCAAUGCUGAAUUUUCUGUAUUUGAGUACCCUUCUCCACUAGUCAGUCAUUAUAUGGUUGACAAGAAAACUUACUCAUAUUCGGUGUGGGCAAUCCCGUCAGAUGAUGUGUCUCUCCGGAUUAAGAAAGUGAUGGUGGGACUGCGGACUGAAUUCGGCGGGCCGGAGAUUGAUCCCCACAUUGUCGUUGUGGGGUCCAUUCGUAUGAAGCAUGAGGAUAUGCUCACCAAGUUCAGAUCUCUCCAGUCUAAUGUUAUUUCUUCGUACAAAGCAAAAGUUAAUCAAGUCGUUACUAGGAGUUCCUAUUUCCAAUGUAUUUCCCUCCUCAUUCAUUCAUCUUUCGAGGUGUCACCUGAGAAGUUAGGCCACAUUUGAGCCUCCUUUAUGGUUACUUGACAGAAGAAGAGAGGAAGAAAGCUCAAGAAAAAGUCAGUUAUCUGGAUGAAGGCCUCAGCAGCUUGAGCUUCUUUAUAACUCGACUUGCAUUGUACAAAAUUGACUACAAAGAUAGAAGUCUCAAAUCUUGGGAGAAGAUUGCUGAUUACCCCCUCCAAUUUGAGUAAUUCCCUUAUUUCAUGCUUAUAAUUAGCAUGUAUUGAAAUAUAAGACUUUUGCCUGAGUGUCCCUGCUGUAGUCCUGCGACUCCUGUCGAGCACAAUCUGAUUUGGAUUGCUACAUAUGUAUCAUGACAAUCUUAUGCCUACACCU